AUGCCGCUUUCUGAAGAGCAAAACAAGCUCCUCAAAACUAGUGACACAGCCAUAUCUUUCCGAAGCGAGAACCCAAAGAAACCUGGGUCCAAAGCUUGGGAACGUUUUGAAAAAUACAAGACAGCGACAACGAUCGGUGAAGCUACCAAUUUGGGCGCGCAGUGGCAAGACAUCAGUGCCGACUUCGAAAAGGAAUUCCUCACAUUCGCUGAUGUGGACAUGCCGGUGAUUUCAAAGAGAUCAGCGCCAGAGGGUAGCCCGGAUAAGGAAGCAAAAGCUAGAUCCCGACACAAGCCUGCACAGGCACAUGAAGGAGCACUCAGUGCACCCAGCAAUCAGGACAUUGCCAACACACAAUUGGAGAUGAGUGCUGCAACAAUAUCCAUUUUACGAACCAUGAUGCGAGAGGAGCUAUCCGAAGUUGAACACCGCAUAUCUUCCAAAUUCGAUGCAUCCAUUGCGAAUUUGCAUGCGGAGUUGGCUGCCGAGAAGCAAGCACGAACGAAACUUGAAGAACGCAUCGCCCGUUUGGAAAGCAACCACGACUUUCACAACAAGGAUGCUCGAGAAGAUGUCGACAAAUCCAUCGUGGUCAUCGGGGGGUUUGGCGAGAAGCCGAUGGAGGAGGCGGAAGCACUAUCACGCGAAGUUUUGCAAGACGAACGCGGACUUUGUGAUGUUACCGACACGGAUACCGAACCUGCUCUAGCACUCGCUCGCUAA